AUGUCUUCAUCCAACACCUCACCAUCACAACACCAACACCAUCACCACCACCAACAACCAUUUAGCCUCUUCGAGCCCAUCCGCACCCCGACCGGGUUCUCGUGGCUACAGCGCAACACGGCGGUGGCCCAGCCGAGCGAGAAGCGGGGGCGGCGCAAGCAGGCGGAGCCGGGGCGGUUCCUCGGCGUGAGGCGUCGGCCGUGGGGCCGGUACGCGGCGGAGAUCCGGGACCCCACCACCAAGGAGAGGCAUUGGCUAGGCACCUUUGACACUGCCCAAGAAGCUGCCCUAGCCUAUGAUAGAGCUGCCCUAUCCAUGAAAGGAGCCCAAGCAAGAACCAACUUCAUUUACACAACUGAUUCUUGUUACACCACAAACACAAACAACCCCUUUGAUCUCCACCCCCAAAACUCCUCCUCUUCCUCCCCUCCCUUCAUCCUCACCUGCACGCCGGAGAAGAAACCCGCCGCCGUCCCGCCGCCCCCGGUGAGCUCAUCGCCGCCACUAUUGGGUCAGUCAGAUAAUGAGACUUGCUCUCAAUCAUCCUAUGGGUCUUCCCCUCAAGAAAACUCUCUGUUUUUCUCCCCACAUGAAGAAGACAACUCUGGGUACUUGGAUUGUAUAGUGCCUGAUACAAUCUUGAGACCCCCCAACACUAAUACAACAAUUUCCCAAGAAACCAAUGAAAAUGGAAACUAUUACACCGCCCCACAAAAUUUUCCUUGGUUUUGGGAAGGCCAACAGUCAUGGGAUAUGAUGAAUUCAUGCGAUGACCUAACCGCCAUACUAAACAACAACAACAACAACAAAAGUUCAAUGUCGUACGAGGUGAGGAAUGCAUGCAUGGGCAUGGAAAAUGAUGAAAAACCAGCCAUUAUUGGGAGCUUUGAUAAGGUCAUGAUGAUGCAAGGAGGAGGAGAAGGAGCAUCAUCAUCAACAACAACUUGCUCUUAUGCCUAUGGAGAUGCCAAUGACUAUGGCUACUCCCUUUACUAAAUGCAUUAAUGCCAAACUUGAUGUGGAAAGGAGGAGAAGAAUCAUCGAAGUCACCAUUUUCAGUCAAAUACUGUCUACUAAACUACUAAAUUAAGUCUGUGCUGGCUAAGAUGUUGAGUUACCAAUUUCUA